AAAUCCAGUGGUGUUUGGCGGGCAGCAAUACGCCGAUUGGUCCUUCCAUAGUUCUUGCUCUCCCCUGUUUGUAGCCGAUGGUUGCUUACAGACGUCUGGCCCCUUAAAGCAUCGGUACGUUUAACAAACCGACUAAAAAUUACGUCGACUUAAUUCCCACAAGCGCGUAAUCAUUAGCCACGAGUUCGUGUUAAAUCAUAACCAGAAUUGACGUGAGUCAAUAAUCAAACAAAUAAAUAAUAAAUUGUUGGAUUAUUUGGAGGAAAUCGUGAAGAUAAUCAACCAUAAUGAGUUCGAGCGCGUGUUACAAAUGCAACCGAAUGGGCCACUUUGCACGUGAGUGCCCCCAGGGUGGUGCUGGUGGUGGACGCAGCGAUCGUGGACGUGGUGAUCGUGACGGUGGUUUCGGUAGAGGCCGUGAGAAAUGCUUCAAGUGCAACCAAUUUGGACACUUUGCACGUGAGUGCAAGGAGGAUCAGGACUUGUGCUACCGUUGCAACGGAGUUGGACACAUUGCAAAAGACUGUCAGCAGGGACCUGAGAUGAGCUGUUACACCUGCAACAAAACUGGUCAUAUUGCUCGUAGCUGCCCAGAGGGUGGCAACGAUAGCGGUCGUUUUGCCCUUCAAAGUUGCUAUAAUUGCAACAAAACUGGUCACAUUGCCCGCAACUGCACCGAAGCCGGUGGUAAAAUUUGCUACGUGUGUGGCAAGAGCGGUCACAUAAGUCGUGAGUGCGAUCAGGACGACAGGAAGUAGAAAAUACCCGUCAAUAUGUGCCAAUCGCUGAUUAAAAUAUGGCGAUAAGCUGGUUUUUUUAGCAAUGGUGCACACAGACCGACAACCGGACAAGAAAAAAAAAGAGAAAGGAAGAAAACAACAUUUUUUUUUGCUAGAUAGGGAUGUGCGGACGUCCACUCGGGUCUUGAAGCGUAUUUAUCCGGUAUUAAAACAUAAUAAUGAUGAACCACUAAAGGGUAUCCUGCAAAACACAAGUAAAUUCAAUGGAAUGAUGAAUAAUAGAAUGGUUAAUGGCUCGAAAUACUUUGCAAUUUUUUUUUUUUUCGCUUCAGUGGGAAAAUUAUUCCUCUCCCACAACGACGUACCCCUCCUCCCCAACAUUUUUCCCCCCUCAGCCAUGGCUACUUGACGACCAAUAACUCUUUGAUUUCCUCUUCUCAAUUCUCUUUUUCUUUAUUUGUCUCCGAGUUUUUAUUCCUGUUAAUACCACUCACACGUGCGUCACCCGCACAAAAUCAAACACAAGUUUUCAUUUACUAGAUUAUAACAUUUUUUUUUUGAGAAGGAUUUGGUUUACACAAAGUCGAGUACUACACAAUAUGCGAUAAUUCAAUUGGUUUUAAAAAGACGAAGGAAAUGGAAAGAAAAUCAUAACGAAGAACCCCUAAUACUUAUAACCAAGACAAGAACAUGAAUAACGAUGUUGUGUAAUAAUUAUUAAAAAGAAAGGAAAAUGAAGAAAAAGUGAUGAAAGAAAAAAAACACAUUGGAUUUUCAUCUCAACGUUUAGAAUUAUGAAGCCCUUAUUCCUCAUCCCCCCACCCCCUCCCCACCAAUUUCAUUAUUAAUGACCUCUCAAUUUAUUGCAUUGAUAGAAAAUACUUGCAUAAUUUUUUUUAUUUAAAAAAAAAACGAUGCAAGAUGUAUGGAUAAUGAGUUUCACAUGAAGCAUAUGAAACAUGUGAAGUUGAAUGAUGAAAAAUUUAUUCGUAAUAAUUCGAAUAAUAACUCUUUAAAAAAAUAGUUCAAGUCCGAGUUACAAUUUUUUUCAGACUUUUCAUGCAUUUGGAAGUAAUGAAUUGUAAUGGGGAUUUAACAAUAAUAAUAGAACAGAGUGUUUUUUUAGGAAAUGAACACUGAAUCCAAUGAAACAGCGCUCUUAGGCUUCUUCUUCUUUUUCUUUAACUCUUCUGUUAGGAAGAUAUCGCAAAUAGUAACUAGUAAUAUAAUGAUUAUAAUAAUUAAUGAUUAAAAAGCAAAAUGAUUGUGGAAACGCUGGUUGAUAGCGCAUUUAAUAAUAAAUUUGAAAACAAUUAAUACCUGCGGUAUCCACGCAUCUUGUAUCUCUUUCUCCUUAACGAACAGUCCCGAGACGAGAAUAAUAACAAAAUUGACUAUUGAUCGACGUGAGUAACGACUAAUAAAUUAAUAACGAUGAUAGAAAGUCACGAGGAAUAAUAAUAGAUGAAAAAAUCAAUUGAGUAAAGAUUUUCAUGUGUGAGAAAUCUAGAUCUUAGAUGUAUUUGAAGAAUAAUGGAAUAGGAAUUAAUGAGGAUUUUGUAAUGCUGAUGAUCAUUCGUGCAAUGGCGUGGGGAUUAUUGAAAAUCACAUUUCAAUUUUUUCAUCAACAUUUCAUUGGUUGCUUUGGACGAAAUAUUUCUUAUGAUUUUCUUCAUUUUUUUACGAAUUAUAAAUUCAUAACGACAAUUAUGAAAAGAGUGUGAAUUUUUCUUGGUAUUAAAGAAGUUUUGAAAAUGAAAAAAAAAAAGGAUCAUUGUGUGAAAAAAAUUGUGUUUUCUAUAUUCUAAAUGAUGGAAGAGCGCCUAAUGAAGAUUUUGUAAUGAGUUUUUACUUUAAUUUUAUUGUUUUUUUUAUAUCCUCACGCGUUAACUGAAACAUACCUCGUUACUGGAUAUGUGUAUAUGUCUGUUGCACGUGUAUAUACAUAUAUGUACACAGGGACGAGCAAGGAGCUGUAUUUUGUACUGUAAAAAGAUAUAUAUACUCUGGUCGUUGCUGGUGACUGAUUCCAAUAAUUGUGCAUACAUCGUGGUAAAGAGGAAGGGAAUUGUAUUCAUUAUUCUCUUAAUGCUCAUUAUUUCAAAAUUCAUGAACAACGUGCAACGAUCUAUACCAAUUGUUACAUUCAUCGUCAUCUUUUAGAGGAAGUGGAAAUGCAGGAGGAGAUGAGUCUGGAUGAAUCAUUGCGAUACUAUUUUUUAAUGAGAAUUGAUGGUAAUUGAGGAGCAUGAGACGUACAUUGAAUUUAUACUACAGUAUCCGACGUGAAAUAAAAGUUAUUGACUCAGCGAAUGAUUUUUUUUUCCCACAGGCUAAUUUUUUCGCAUAAUUCUUGGUAAUGAAAGGCAUUGAGUCGAUAUUUGCGGGAUUUUACUAUUGUUUCAUGGCGUUAACAGGCCUUGGGAGUAAAAAAAAAAUACUGAAAUGCGGGGGAAAAUUUGGGCCAUGAAUUGUUAGCCAAAAAGGGAAGAAAAAAUUUGGAGAAUAUCGUGAAAAAUUUGUUCUUUCCUGGGAAUUGGAUGGAACGAGUUAAAGGUGAUUUGAAGAGGAUGAAUAAUUUGAAGAAAUGUUCAAGAGUUCGAAGUGAUUGACUCGUUUGGGGCUACCAUCUUGCUUGGAUACCAUGCCCUCUCUCUGUCGUGAAGGGCUUGUCAAAUUUUUUUUUUAAAUCCAACUCAAUCUCUUCCAAAUUCCUAAUAUAAUCCCCUUUUCUUUAACAUUCGACAUUUUCAGCAUUUGUGAAUCCGUUUUUGUAAACAUUUCUUAAAAUUAUUUAUCCUUUCUUUAAAAUUAAUAAGUUUCUUAAGCCAUGUUUCAGAUUUCUGCAUUCUCUAUUGAGUUUGGCUGAGAAUUCAUGGCAUAUAGUUUUUCCUGCACUUCAGUAUUUUUUUUUACUCCCGCGGCUUCGCAGCUCAUCCUGAAGAAAUUGAAUGGGCCAAUCUCAGACUACUCUCGUUUUAUAAAAAAUUCAAAAUUAAGAAUAAUCUUGCCAGCAGCGACAAUGUAUAUUACCUGUUUCCAUAUUUCUAACACCCAAGCGUAUCUGAACUAGUGAAUUGGGAGCACUAAAUGUUUAUAAAGGGAUUAACCGGGAGUUGACAUGUCGAACGAUAACAUUUUAUACUCUUCAUUAACUCUUUAGUCUCAGUAGACACUUGUACCGUAUUUGCCAUUUGUUUUUACUAAAAAGAGAGGAGACGAUAGGAAAAUUAAGAACAGUUGGUUGUUACGUUGAAAUACAGCUUGACUGUUAUGAAUAGACUGAUCAAUUGAUAUUUUUUAACAACGAUGGGCUGAAUUUAUUAUCCUCGAGCAGCAAGUCAAUCAGAGCCUAGCUACUUCUAUUACCAUUUCUAGAGAUAGAAUUUUCAAAUGACUGGCUGGGAGACAAAUUUAUUCAAAAUUACCUCACCUCUUUUCCAAUGAUUUUCCAACAUUUAUAUUACAGUUGAUUGCGAUGUAUUUGUUUGACUCAGAUUCGAGGAGAAAGAAAAAUUGUUCAAUAAUAAAAAUAUUAAUGUCCAAA